AGACGCGGCGGGGAUGGCGGCGCGGCUGGAGCGCGCGAGGGGGGCGCUGGCAGCGCUCGAGGCCGCCCUGGCCUUGGAGGAGGAGGAGGGUGAUGUCCCCACCCGAGUCCUGGUGGAACAUCAAAUGGACACUCGGCGGAAGCAGAAGCUGCUCCUGUCCCAGCUCCGGGUGCUGAAGCUGCUCCUGGGGGUCAUCGAGAACCCGGGGCUGCCCCCGGCCACCACCAACCUGCGCGAGGUGGCGGCGCAGGCGCGGGGGCGCUGGCGGGAGCUGAAGGCGAGGUACGGGGGGGCCCUGGCGGCCCUGGGGGAGGCCCUGCCCCCCGCCCUGGCCCAGCUGCACCGGGGCCAGCAGCUGCUGCAGCGAGGGAGGGCGACCCUGGGAGCACGGCUGGAACAGCAAGAAGAGCUGAAGGUGAAGGUGUGUGAGGCCACAGAGAGACGGGACCAGCUGCUCCGGCGGGUUCAGGAGCGGCGCCUGCAGCGGCUCGGCCGGCAGGAGGCGCUGCAGGGGCUGCGGGAGACAGCGGCCAGGGUGGAGGCCUCGUGCCACCUGUACCAGGCCCUGGCGGGGGUCCAGGUGCUGCCUCCCUCCCCAGGGACCCCCAAGCUGGAGCUGGAGCUGGAGCUGGGACCCCCUCCCGGCUCCUCCCAUUCCCUGCCCCCCCUUCGUCUGUCCCUCACCCCCAGUGGGGGGGUCCAGCUACAGGCUGUGGGGGUGCUCUGGGGGGUUCUGGGUGGUUUUGGGGUUUGA